GGAUUGUAUCACCCGUAGAAAAUUUGCAUGCGUGCAUGAAUGGCUACGUGGACAUGAUGCUUUGAAUGUGUUCUGCUAGAAGUGGACAAUUGUACGUUGAGAGUCCAUGUGCUGCCGUGUAUGCGUGUUUUUAUCUGCUUUGAGUUAUUACCUCGGGUGAUUAUUUUGAAGCUCAGUGCAGGAAAUCGUACUCGCCAAAGUAAAUUUUCUUCAGGAAGUUGUGAUACUAUGAAGUUCAGUAUCCACCUCAAUGGGAUGUACUUCGCGGGCGGAAUAUACCGUCAACUGUUCGUGUUACUUUUUCUUGUUUUCUGCAUCCACCUAAGUACAAAUCGCGUCGUGAGGGCUGGGACUUCAGGAAUUACCACCCGUCGGUACAAUUUUGUGGUGAAUUAUGCGACUUUCACUAGGCUUAACCAUACGAAGAGAAUGAUCGUUGUGAAUGGUCAAUUUCCAGGCCCUGCAAUACGAGCCAAUGAGGAUGACAUCGUCAUUGUCAAUGUCACUAAUCUUGUCGCAGCCCCCGUCACGAUUCACUGGCAUGGCGUAAAGCAGAUACGCACAUGUUGGGCCGAUGGUGUUCCCUACAUUACGAUGUGCCCUCUUCAGCAGAAUCAAUCUUUUUCUCACAGGUUCCAGCUGCUCAAUCAAACAGGGACAAUGUGGUACCAUGCACAUAUCUCCUGGUUACGUGCGAGUGUUCAUGGGCCAAUUGUGCUUCGACCAAGAAAAUUCGAAUCAUUUCCUUUUACUUCACCCAAGCGUGAAAUAACCAUCAUGAUUGGUGAAUGGUGGAACAACGAUGUAGAGGAUGUUCUUGCUUACGCUUUGGCUAGGGGUGGACGGUAUAAUAUCUCUGAUGCUAUUACCUUAAAUGGUCAGCCCGGUUUUCUUUACAACCACUCAUCAAAAGAUGCUCUCAAAGUGAAGGUAACCCACGGAGAGACUUAUCUUCUUCGGGUCGUGAACGCCUGCCUCAAUUUUGGGAUGUUCUUCGGAGUUGCGAACCAUUCUCUCAAAGUGGUGCAGUUGGAUUCUGCUUACGUGAAGCCUUUCACUGUGAAUACAGUCCUCAUUGCUCCUGGACAAACCUUAGAUGCUUUACUGACUGCAAAUCGGGCAUCUGGAAGAUACUACAUGGCCGCAUCGCCAUAUUCAGUCCCUGAUCCUCAAUAUGUCCCGUUUCCUGAAAUUCCUGCAACCGCUAGAAUGGAAUACGAAGAGAGCUCGUAUGAAAUCGAACGGAGCUCGUCUGAAAUCGUUACUUACAUGCCUACAUUUCCAUCCCCUAAUGACUCAAACUACCGCCAUAAAUUUGAUGAUCUUCAGAAAAGCAUCAAUACCACUUAUCAAACUCUUGAUGUUCCGGAGACUGUAGACAAGCAUCUCUUUUUCACAGUGGGCUAUGGAUUGGAUAAAUCCAGUAGCUGCCAUCCUUUCAAGACAUGUGUUGAUGGUUAUGAUGGCCAAUACCGAGUUGUUGGAUCUGUGAACAACAUUUCUUUUGUUACACCAAACACAACAAGUAAGUCUUUGCUGGAAAUUGCCUACUUGCGUGAUCAUGGAAAUGCCUCAGUAACAUCAGCUCUUGAUUUGGACUUUCCAAGCCAGCCCACAAUGACGUUCAACUACACCGGAUCAACCAGAUUACCACUGUCUCAGUGGUUUUCUAAACAUGCAACAAAAUUAAGUGUCAUCAAUUAUAAUGCCAGUGUCCAGAUAAUACUCCAAAAUACAAAUAUUGUUCAAUUUGAGACGCAUCCUUUCCAUCUUCAUGGAUACAGCUUCUACAUUGUAGGCAGAGGAAAUGGCAACUAUGAUCCAGACUCUAGCCCUGCCACUUUCAAUCUGGUGGAUCCGCCCUUGCGCAACACUUUUGGUGUACCCCACAGGGGCUGGCUUGCUCUUCGAUUCCGAGCAGACAACCCUGGGGUUUGGCUCUUUCACUGUCACUUCGAGAUUCACACUUCAUGGGGAAUGGAAACAGUCCUUUACGUCAAAGAAGGAACAGGAACAAACCAGACACUUGAAGCUCCCCCGUCAGACCUCCCAGCUUGCGCCAGCUCGGAGAAUACCUCAAAAAAAAAGGAACCCACAGUUAGCAUAACGAUAAGUGAGGACAUUACAAAGCCUGAAAUUAGCAAGGAAGUUCCCCAUUGAUAGCUGCCGUCGGGCCUGCAUUGAGCUGCUGAAUAUGUAGACAUGGAUACUGCUGUAGAAAUGUCUUUUCUAAGUGUCAAGGUUUGUUAUAGCACUUAUCCAUUGUGCUAGUCCACUCUGUAGAUUCUGGAAUUGUCUCUCGUUGCGACCACAUCGGGAUAGACCAGUGUACAUCCUCGUGGAUUUAAUCCUCUUCCUUUGCUGGACGAUCCAGUGUGCGCAUAAAAAAGUGGAUUUGGGCUCCUCAUUUGAUUCAUGUAACAGUUUGAGCUCCUCAGACAAAUAAGAGUGUGGGGGCUAAGCUGCAACAGUUCUACUAACAUGAUAUCAACUUUCAGGUAUCGCUGCAUACUACUUUAAA